AUGCCGUUCCGCCGUAAAAAGUGAGUUUGCCAACUACCUUUUGCAGUGCUUCUACUAGUCCAGCAAAAAAGUCCGCGGAAUGGAUUUCGCACCCCGCACAGUGCAGUUUCGAAUCAGAACAGUGCAGACCCCGCGAUUGACUUUUCGCACCGUGCAUUUGGAUUUUGCACAGUGCAAAUGCCAAAAUCGGCACUGUGCGGCCAUUUCUGGGCUUUUCGCACAGUGCAAGUUGGAUUUCUGUUUCGCCUUGGAAAUCGCAGCGAUUUUUGAAGGAAAAUUGAAAUUUCUUGCGACAUGUCGCCGAAAUUGGGGCUGCCGCUUGGGAAAUCGUUCGUUUUUUGACUUGAUUGCACAGUGCGGGAUGAUUUUGAGGGGAAAAAAGCACAUGUGCGCACAGUGCAGCCCAAAGUUUCCUUCGGUUUGCACUGUGCGGGGCUCCGGAGAUUCAGCUUUUUACUGUGUAAUCUUGAAUUAAUGAUAGUAAAUUUACACUUGAAAGACUCAGAAUAUAUUAUUGAGUCAAUAAAGUUGUCAACACCUUUGUAGAGUCAAAAUAUGAUCUUUUUUCGCAAAAAAUGCACUCAAAAAGUGCAAAAAUUACUGUAUGACAACAUUUUUGGUCUAAAACAACCCUAGAAAACGCCACUGAACACGCAAUCCUUUCUACAGUCAUCAUUUUAUAAUUAUCAUGCAUUUUAGUCGAGCAAUGUCCUAAUUUACUGCAGUUUUUUAACCUCCUAAGCGUAAUUUGAAGUCCGCACUGUGCAUCCAACCGGGGAGCCAACCGCACCGUGCGCCGUCGCCGAAAUCCGGCCGAAACCGAGCGCACCGUGCAAACCUAAAAAAAGGGGACUUUUUGCACUGUGCAAUGACUUUGAAACGGCUUUUCGCACUGUGCGCCCAAUUCCGUCGCGCGCACCCUAUAAUUUGCACUGUGCGCGCCGAAAAAUGCACAGUGCAUGCGCGAACAGCACAGUGCAGCCAUUCCGCGGACUUUUUUGCUGGACUAGUACUAUUACGCUUUUUCAAAAGUGCAGACACAUUUUCCGGCCUUUUUUGCAACCGCACCGUGCAUGUUGCGCGACGCGAUGCUUUUCGAAACAUUUUGCACUGUGCAAUUUCUUUUCGCACGCCCAAAAUUCGCGGAGACUCAGCUGAGAAAAGCUUGCGUCGCAGCGAUAUGUCAGCGAUAUCCGGUUGCACAGUGCAAAAGGUCAAAUGCACCCCGCAAAAAGGGGUUUUGUGCACGGUGCGGCCCACGACAAAAUGUGUCUGCACUUUUGAAAAAGCGUAAUAGUCCUUCCGGAAAGUCGCCGGACUGAUUUUUGACGUUUGCACUGUGCGAAAAAAGUCAGGGUGCGAGCGACAGCCCCAAAAAGCCUAUUGCACAGUGCAAAAAGCCAAAAAUUGCACAGUGCAAAGUGAACUUUCGAUUUCGCAGAGUGCAUGUCGCCGAUUUCCGUCCGGCGACUUUCCGGAAGGACUAGUACUUUUGUAGUGCUAUUGUUCUGUAAUCAAAAAAUAUUUUGCCUUAAUACCAUUACAAAAUGGGUUUAUACAUUAAUGACCCAACAACAACCGUUUAGUUAUAGACUAUUUAUAUUCCAGAAUAUUCAAAUCGCUGAUGGUUUCGCAUAUAAAUCGUGCUCUUCACCUCGAGUGACGGAUCCUUUUAUCGUAAAUAGAGCUAUGCGUUAGGUAACCACACUAAAGUGGCCAAAUUCUAGGCUUGUUUCUGAAAGAGCAUAAUUCCGUGUAAGUUCCCUAGGGCGCUAAAUUUUUACGACAAAUUAAUCUUCUAAAAAAGUUGAAAACAUUAUGAUGGCAGGGUGAGCAGACGCCUAAACUUGAUAGAUCCCACCAAUUUUAUGGCCAACAGACAUUUGGCCCGGACUUUUUGGAUCAUGUUUUAUUCGAGACAAAGGUGUUUUCGUUUAGAGAAGGGGCUUUUCUCCACAAAAAAGAGAGCUAACCCGAAUGUUUGUUGGGCCGUUUCUAUUACACCUCCGGCUCUUUUAUACAUCGGAUUACAUUUUUCUGUUCCUCCAGGGCUCUUUUUCCUUUCCGUUUUCCAAUCUGGGGGAGAUUUUCCGACAAGUUAUGCGACUAUAGAACAAAUUACUUUAGGAAAGUGAAUCUGAAAAGGUGUUUUGGGAGUCGACAUCGUAUUUUCGUGUUUUUUUUUGUCUUGUGAAUAUCUCCGGGAUGUUCGGCGAAAUCCAAUUUGUUUUCUCCGGAUUCUCCGUUCGUUCUUUUCGUAAAACAUGUUUAAACUUGGCCAUCCCCGUCCUCUUAUUUCAAGCUCGAUUUGUUUGACCUCAAAUGGCCAUCAUGACAUGGUUUAAAAGUGACGUAGAUCUUUUGCAACAUUCACUUUCGGCUUUUCUAUAUUUUCAUGAUAGGAAUUUCCAGCCUGUUUUCGUUCUCCAACAGCCUAUUAUAAUGUCAUAACAAAUGUUUUCAGGAGCUCUUCAAAACCAGCAAACACGGCCCAGAAGAUGGUUAACGCCGCUUCCACGGCCGGCGCCAAUGCCGUGGAGAACACGGUAAUCGGGGCCAAUGUGAUGGUCACUGAAGGCGGGAAUGUCCUCAAACGAGGGUGGGCCCGGUUAUCAAGACGAAAGUCGAAGAAAAAAGACAUAGCCAGGAUAGUAGACGAGAAAGAGGAAGAUCAUGAAAUGGAGCAUGAUCAUAUAGAAGAGCAGCCAUCCAGCAGUGGGAUCAAUGGGAUUAAUGGCCAAGGAUUGGAGAAAAAGUAAGCGAAGCAAAGAAAAUUAUUAGGAGAUCAAUACAUUUACGUCCCAUUACCUCCCUCGGAACCUUCCUUAUCCUUACCUUGGACAGCAAGGUCAAGAAGAGGGAAUUCUUCGUCAUCUUUGGCCCUCUUUUUAUUUAUGACACGAUAGGUUCUCCUCGUAAUCGUCUCCACGAAAGCAGUGCCGAAUUUCGUAAAUUUUUCCAUUUCCGAGCUGAAUGUGUUCAACUCAGACCUGUCUAACAAACUGAAUAAGCUCUCCGUUCCUUUCUCCUAUUCCUCAUAAUCCAGGUCGGAGGAAUCAUAAAGACUGCAGUUGUCUUCCCAUAGCAUCGGUAUCAUCUUUGCUAAGUACCAUCUAAAAGUACGGCGCUCUGUGAACAGUCCAAUAAAACAUUUUAUAACCUACUCUAAAGGUCUGCAAUAAGUAAAUACCAACACUGUAUGCAUGCAUGCAGCUGCGCAGCUGCAGUUGUUCCAAGUUUUUUCUCGUUUUUUAUUCGGAAAGAGAAACCUGACACAUUUUUGUCGAGCUGACACAUUUUCUGAAUUUCCAAAAAAAAAACUUUUCUUCUUUUCGUUGAUCGUAAAACGAAAAGCUUUGUUGUCUUCAAAGGGGCGUUGAAAGAAUAUUCGACUAUUUCUUUUUAUGCUCCCGAUAUCCAAUUGCUCGAUCAACCGCGUUCUUAUCGUCCGAACGCAUUUUCCGGGCCUUUUGGGCUCGAGAGUUUCCCUUUUUACGCAUUCGCUCACAGUUCUCGAGGUAUUUUUUCAUUAUAGAGGGGACCUUCAAAGCAUGGCAAAAAGAACUCAUUUUCCCACGACUUUUUUGUUUUUGGAAUAUUCGCGUGUUUCAAGAUUUUAGUUAACCUUUCCUUUUAAUGCCUGUUCUUAAUGCAAUGGGGAAAGGGGACACCAUUUUUUCAUAACUAUACUUAAUAUGACCUUCCGAAUGUCUUUGAAUAACUUUUUUUGACUGUUCUGCCAGUUUUGCAGGCAUUUUUUACACAUGAGUUUUCUCCAAAAGAGAACCUUUCUUUGCCCAGGCGUUUUAUUCCUAAUUUUUUAUAAACUCCCAGUCUUUUUGUUUCUUGCGUUGAUGUCACUGGUUAAAUAGACUCAUGAUGUUGCCGAAUACUAUAAUAGCUUGUGGUUCGUGGUUAUUUUUGGAAUGCUAUCUUUUGAAAGGUUUUCCAUUUUGCCAAAAUUUCGAUUUGUAGCACUUCCGUUAUGGCCUUUCCAUAUAAAAGGAACUCACUGGCAAAAUUUAUGUUUUAUAUGUAAACAUUUACAUAUUUUUUUGCUCCCAGAAAGCUUUAAGCGUGAAAGGCUACAUAUAUUACAUCGAAGUUCAAUAUUAAAUUCGAAAUUUGGUGCUAAUGUUAUUCCUCAAUUCUAUUCCACGCUAUAAUGAUCCGUCCUGUAACCAUCGUUAUUCCAGGAACUUUGUGAACCGGGGCAUGGACCGCCUGAGACGUUCGUUCAGAAAGUCUCUCCAUCUUGGCAACAACAAGAACAGGCUCACGGCGCAGGAUUCCAGUGAGAUUCCUUCUGCUUCGGUUGGAGCCGGCUCAAAACCAAAUGCCUUUCAGCCUGAUGAAGCUUCAGUGAGAAAUGGAACUUGUCAUUUCCAAGUGAAGGUAAUAUAUUUUGUUCUUGGAACACCUUAAUGGUUUGUUUUUAGUAUCUUGGUUCAUGCGAAGUUUUUGAAUCCAGAGGAAUGGAGGUCUGUGAGCAUGCGUUGAAACAUCUCAGAGUAAGUUUUUUAUUGGUUUCUAUUCCGUAUUUAGAGCAAAAACCGUGCGGUGAAAGCUGUCCUUUACGUUUCUGGCGAUUCUCUUCGAGUCGUUGAUCAGGAAGCAAGUCGAGGCCUCUUAGUAGACCAAACUGUUGAGAAAGUUUCUUUUUGUGCUCCAGAUAGGUCGAAUGAAAAAGGAUUUGCCUAUAUCUGUCGAGAUGGCGCGACAAAACGGUGGAUGUGCCAUGGAUUCACUGCGACGAAAGAGUCGGUAAGUUAUUGGAGUUCCGUUCUACUUUUGGAAUCAUUUUCUUAAAUAGAGGUUGUUAUACUGGAUAAAUGGAGGUUAAUUGGGAUCAAUUUCAGGGUGAACGUCUGAGCCAUGCGGUUGGAUGUUCUUUUGCCAUCUGCCUGGAAAAGAAACGGAAGAGAGAAGCCGAGAUGGCCGUCUUUUUAACAGCCAAGAAUCUCGCGGAAGAAGUAAACGGAGAAUUCAAUGGGUCAGUUUAUAGAAGAGACAAGAACAGUACAUAAAACAAUUAUAUUACAUUACACUUCGAUGUUUUAGUUCCCGUCAAAAUCAAGCAUAUUCUUCGUUCCGUCGCCAAUUAUCAAUCGCCGAACGGCGUCAAGAUCCCCAGAAAGCCAUCCUUGCUCAACCCAUUCCAAUUCAAAGGUCGCAGUCCUCUUCCAAUUCAUUGAUUGAUGUUCAAUUGCCUACGACGGAUGGUAGUCCAGCUUCCGAAGAAAACUCGACUGGUAAAGUUCGACCUCUAGUCAAUCUGGCUUUGUUCGAGAAACAAAACAGUGUAAGAAGUCCUCCAAAUGUUUCAAAUUCAACAUACAGUCAGUUCAAGAGGUUCAAUUCUUUGAGAACAGAUAUGAAUGGAAAACCGGUGAGUUCUGUUAGUUAUGGCGGCUUUACUGUCCUGUUCCACUGGUCUUUUAAAUUUAUAUUUCAGUUAUUUGGAACUCUGAAAUCACUCCAUAAUGAGCCGAUUUACGAAGGAGAUGAGGAAUGGCCUGGAAUAUCCACAUCCCAAGCCAAUGUUGACACUAAGAUGCAGACUUCUAAUUCAGUGAAUGAAUUCGCUAGCAUCAAUGAAUCGAACAAAGAGAAUGGUCUUACUAAUGGAUGGGAUCGCUCAAAAAGUACAGUGUAAGCUGAAAAGUUUUUAUUUUGAUGUUCGGUCUUUAGGCCUUGUGCGUCAACAGUUUCUCAGACAGCGGAUGAAUGGCUGGAGGACAUGUUAAAACGGACCACUGCUUCGACCGCUAUGACUAAUUCAAAUUACACUGAAUCGGUUGUAAUUAAGCCUCAGCCAAUGUCGAGUCUACCUCCAAGCCAGCCUCCUCCGCCUUUACCCCCUCAGGCUGUGCUGGAAACACCCCAAAAAUCGCUCUUUACAUCUGUUUUUGCAACGCCGGGCAUGUCUUCUCAAGUGCAACAAAGGACAAAUGGCUUUAUGGGAAACGGAACGAUUCCAAACGGAUUUGUCCAUAAUUUUGCUACUGCUCCGACGACUUCUUCGACAACGCCGUUGGAUCAAAAGGUCGACAUUGAUUUCUUCAUGAGUCCUCCGUCUUGUUCCACUACCACAACGGCGUCAAAUUCGGUGGUUGUCAAUGGUGUUCCAAGCUCUCAAAUUACGAAUGGCAAUCCAGCUUUCCUGAAUCCGGUUAGAAGGACAUCGACGGAUAAAAGGAAAUCAAUUGAAUAUCAGAUCCUGGAAGAAACAGACGCGCCUCCUCAAAGCCCACCAAGAGUAACAUCACCGUUAACACAAAUAGCGGAAGUUGAUAUAUUUGGCCAACCAGUAUUCAAUCCAGUAAAAGUGGAGAAGUUGACGUCAAACCAAGAAAGUGCCUCUGGGACACUGGAUCAACUUCCGGCCAAUCCCUCUGCGAUUCCAACGUUAAACUUGAGCCAGGAUUCUCCAGAUCAAAAGGCUCCAGAUGCUGUCAACGAGCCUGAUCCGUUCGAUGUCCAAUGGACGGAUCAGGUCUUGGAAUCGGCCAGAUCUUCCAGAAUUGCGACCUUAAACAGGAAUCCAUUCAGUCAGGAAAGUGCCCCGGUUAAUGUCUAA